AUGCUACUCGAAAGCCUUGCAAAAUGGGACCCGUUCCAAAUUGACGCCCUUGGCCUCAUAACGAUUUUUGGUGCCGAGGCCAUUCAGAAGUCAAUUGGCAAUCUCACCCAGAGCUGGAUCUGCGAAUACCUCCCUGUCCUGGGAUCUCACGUAAUAGCAAGCAACCAGAUCACAGACCCGGUACCUGGGUUUGUUCUUUACAACAUAACGGAUGCUAUCGUCGCCACGGAUAUCACUUCCUGGUUUACUCGUUGGCUGCUGUCCUACCGCAUUACUUACGCGGCUACCACCAUCACCCUCAAGAUGGAUGGUAGACCCAUGUCGACCUCCAGCCACAGCGCUUCUCUAGCCCUCGGCAUGUUCUGCACCGCACCACUGGUCAUACUUACGGUAUUGAUGGGCGACAACUGGGGAAUAGCAAACUUUGUGUCUAUGAUAGUCACGGUUAUUGUACGACAAUUGAUGCUUUGGGAGCUGCGCUUAUCGAUCGAUAAGGCUGUCGAAAAAUCGAGGAGGGACCCCGGGGACGAGGUCAAGGUGUUUUUAACGCUCCCCGAUGGCCGAGCAGUGACCAUCCUUGGGCCUCGGUCUAUGAUCGUCAAUUGCCUUCUGACAGACCCGCGUCCAUUACACCCGCAGCUUUACAUGGCACUUCAAUUCGUGGCUUGGCUCGCAUUUGGCGGUCAGGCCAUCGCCUUGGGUAUGAGCACAUUAUUUCAUCAAAUCCUGUGUGUGGUUAUCAUGCUGUUUGGGACCUUCCUGACAGCCAUGCACAUUGGUGACCUUCCAUUCGCAAUAGGGACACAGCUUCGAUUGGACGUCGACCUUGGUGACCCAGACUGGCUUCGCUCUCCAGCCUACGCGCGCCUCAAUCUCACCAGAAUUGAAGAGGACACCAUGGUUCACUGGAACAUGAUGCCACAAAGGUCGAAUGAGUUUUGGUGGACGAGAUUUAGAACUACAUACGUCCCACAACGCAUUCCCUUACACCCAGAUAAGCCUGUACAACGCCAUGAUGGAGAGAAGGAUCCAGGACAAACGCUUGAGAGGUCAGCUGCGUUAACAGAUGAUACGCAGGUUUAG